ACAGGGCCAGUUUUUGUCCCUUGUGAUAUUUCAGCUACGCAUGCGCGAGUUCAGCAGCUUUGGUCAUGCCCGUUGCAUGCUGGGAACCGCAAUUCUCCCGACCAGCUACGUCGACACAAGGUGACGGGACACGCGCCGUAAGUUCGGGUCAGGUCUGGACCCCGCGCGAGGCUCCGUAUUCCGCGGUGACAGGCGCGCCCCGCUGCAGCAGCCCGUAGGCGUGCGCGAAAGGCAUUUGGAUCAACUAAGAACAGGACCUGAAGCCCUAAGAUUUCUCACCGGUUUGUCUCGGGCUACUGGCGGACCAGGCUCCUUCGUCCCGCAUCUCCCCACUCCGAAAGCUACGGUAGGCCCUGGGGCACGGAGGACGUGGGUCCAGGCCGAGACGGUUGAGGCACGACCGCGCUGUCCCGCCAGCGAGGGAAGGAGGACAGCGACGUAGUCUGGCCGGCUAACACCCAGGAGGCUGCAGACAAGGUCCCUGGGCAAACAGUUUGUGAGAUGGGAAGGACGUCAAAGGACAAGCGGGAUGUUUACUACCGCCUGGCCAAGGAGAAUGGCUGGCGUGCCCGCAGUGCCUUCAAGCUGCUACAACUCAAUGAGGAAUUCCAACUCUUCCAAGGUGUGACACGGGCAGUUGACCUGUGUGCAGCCCCAGGCAGCUGGAGCCAGGUGCUGAGCCAGAAGAUUGGGGGCCAGGGUUCCGGCCAUGUGGUGGCUGUGGACCUUCAGGCUAUGGCUCCACUACCAGGUGUGUUACAGAUCCAGGGGGACAUCACCCAGCUGUCUACUGCCAAGGAGAUCAUCCGGCACUUUGAGGGCUGCCCUGCGGACCUAGUGGUGUGUGACGGGGCUCCUGAUGUAACUGGCCUCCAUGAUGUUGAUGAGUAUAUGCAGGCCCAGCUUCUCCUAGCCGCUCUGAACAUUGCUACACAUGUCUUGAAACCAGGGGGCUGCUUUGUAGCCAAGAUCUUCCGAGGCCGGGACGUGACGCUGAUCUACAGCCAGUUGCGUGUCUUCUUCUCUAGUGUGCUCUGUGCCAAGCCUAGGAGCAGCCGGAACUCCAGCAUUGAGGCCUUCGCUGUCUGUCAGGGUUAUGACCCCCCUGAGGGCUUCCUGCCGGACCUGACCAAACCCCUGCUGGACCACUCUUACGAUCCAGAUUUCAACCAAUUGGAUGGUCCCACCCGAAUCAUUGUGCCAUUUGUGACCUGUGGGGACCUGAGUGCCUAUGAUUCAGACCGCAGUUACCCACUGGACCUGGAGGAUGGCUCAGAGUACAAGUAUACUCCACCCACACAGCCCCCCAUCUCACCACCAUACCAAGAGGCCUGCACAUUGAAGAAGAAGGGGCGGCUGGCCAAGGAGAUCCGCCCCCAGGACUGCCCCAUUAGCACAGUGGACACAUUGUCCCAGCCCCUGGCUGCCCUACAGCGCCACACCCUGAUGGCCUCUGAGGUGGAAGACAGUGAAUUGAAUUGUCCACCUUAACACAUUAAGCUGGAAGUCUAAGACAAUUCAGAAGCUGCUUGCUGUCAGGAGACCAGAACUUGCUCUAAUGAACUUGUUUUUCAAAUGUCUCAUCAAUGGGUUCUGAACACAAGCCCAGAGUGGGAACCUACAACAACCACCAUGAACACAGCCAGGAAAGAAACAUUACAGAAAGUUUGUCUGAACUGCAGAACGGGUUCUUGAGUGAGAUCUUGCCUCUUCUCUAAAUCUUUCCAGGGAUAUCCAUGAACUUGACAGAGGAAAAUAUUACAUCUUUAUUUUCACUAAUAUAACUGAAAUUUAGGUUUAUUCCUAAAUAUGAAUUCUAGCAGUAAAUCAUCAUGAAAGCAGUGCCUGUGGCUUUCCCGCCAAAUCAAAGCAAAUCAGCUCAUUUUUAUGGUAGGGUUACUGCAGGCAUGAAAUAUUGUUCACAUUCGUCACUACUUGGAAUUAGGGAAGAUCUUAUCAUCUGAUCUACUAAUAAAAACCAUAUA